CCUAUGGUAUGUAUGUCGUCAUUAAUUUUCAAACUAACAAAUGUCAAUGAGAUUAAACGUAAGCAGCUCUUUGGCUCUUUUUUAUGGUAAAAUGUUGCCAGCGUUUAGAAACUGAUGGUAAAUACUUGUUUUACAAGAUUUGUCUAUACCAUCUCAUUACUGGCGUCAGUCCUGUCAUAUGGGCGUUUACUAUAUCUGUUUAUUCAGAGAUAAACCUGGACUGUUAACUCCGAGUUUAAACGAUGCCACUUACACCAUCCCACUAACCCGGGGUUAACCCGUUAAACCGUUAACCCAGUGUCAAAUUGUACUGGUAACCAUGGUAACUCCUGGUUAGUUACCGGGUUAGUGGAAUGGUCCAAGUGGCCCUUAGAUACAUAUAUGUCUGUGUAAAGCUAUUAGAAGCAUUCGCUAUUAUGGAUAACGAUGUUAUUAUCCAAAAUAUUAAUAUUCAGGUACUUCAGUUCACAUUUCAUUUGCUGGGCUUCACACGUUGCUCCCUAGUAUUCGACGAAGCCAACCAAGAGGCGAGGAAGAACAAGUACUGCUCCCGCGUCGGAGACUGCCUGCCCGGUACACAUGUCAUGUGCAUGUACGGAGACAAGAAAAUAAUGGGUCCGAGAUGUAGCGGUGGUAAAAUGCUUCCGUUUACUGAAGAUGAAAAAGCAUUCAUGUUAGAUAUCCUUAAUGAAUUUAAGAGAAGUUUGGCUCUAGGGCAGGAAAGUCUUCCAAAGGCAUACGGCAUGAGAAAACUGUUCUGGCACGAAUCCUUAGCAGAAUUUGCCCAGGCGUGGGCGAACCAAUGCGACGGAGGCCGUCAUGACCUUUGUAGAUCUUCAGAAGAGUUCCCUAGAGCGGGCCAGGCUAUGUUCACUUUACGAUUCAACUACCCAGACUGGAGUUUACAAGAUGUACAAUUUAAAGAUAAGUCGAAUAACCUAACGCCGGAAAAAAGAAAGCAAGUCAUCGAGUCUUUUGCAGAAGGUAUAUACGAAACCAGUACCGUGAACAAACAGCAGAUAGAAGAUUAUCCUAGCGGCGACUUCAGGAACUCAUAUCUGGUGGCAGUUCAUGGGACUACCACAAACGUUGGCUGCGGAAUGUCUACCUUCCAUGAUUACUAUAGGACUACAGACGAUGAGCCAAUCAUUUUCCAUGCAGUAGAAAUUGUUUGUAACUUCUCUAGUCAGCCAAAGGAAGGCGAGAAGGUAUACGAGACCAAGUGGUCUGAUGGGGAGGGUUGGACAACAUGUGGCUGUCCUGAUGGUUUCGUCGAAGACGACUGUCUCUGUGUACCAGGAAACCAUUCAGACAGCAAAGAUGACAAAGAAAAUGAAGAGAAAGAUGCCCAUCAAAAUAAAGACAAAGAUGACCAACAAAAUAAAGACAAGAAUGAACAAAACACAGACAAAGGUAAUCAACAAAACGAAGAUAAAAAUGAGCACCUAAAUAAUGACAAAGAGGACGAACGGAAUAAAGAUAAAGAUCAUCAACAAAAGAAACACGAAGAUGACCCAAACAACGACACAGAUGAAGAUGACCGAGAUAAUCAGACGAACAAAGAUAUUUUAAAGCACAAGAUUAAAAAAAUAAGCAAUAAUAAAACAGAAAAUCAUGAUAACAAUGUCCAUGGUACUUGUGCUCCUGGUGACUCUAGCUGCACUCCUAAAGUGGUGAUAAUGCCAAUCAUCACCGUCGAGAAUGCGGACCUGAACAGAUUUAACGAGGCUCAGAAGAAGGCUUUGGCUAAAGAUCUAGAACAACGGAAACAACAACUAAGGCUAAAAAUCAAGGACCGUAUUAAAAAUGUGAGGGACCGAUACUUUAAAGAUUAUGUAGUUCUUGAACCAGGAACCAGAUUUUCUAACGGGGGACCAAUAGACGAAGAUACUUUCGUACUAUCUAAAAAUCACACAAAUUAUACGCCUUACAUUAAUCGCAAGGAACUAAAUAAUUUUGGAACCAAUACAAAAAGAACGAACAUAGAAAUAAAAGACAGAAGAGAUUUUUCUGAUUUAGAUCAGUUAGUAUCUGAAUAUUUGUUGAACUUGCACGAUGACAAAGCUGUGCAUUCCACAGUUGAUAUGGGAAAUCGAUCAGUCAAAGGUACGAGAGAGAAUAAUAUAAAUGGCAAACAAGCGAAUACAAAAAAAUAUCCUAAUCCUAUUACUUCAAACUUACAGAAUAAUGUACAAGGUUUUAGAAAAGCAAUUAGCAAUUUAGAUAAUGAUCUUCAAUUUCCGUUGAGUGAUUUAUAUGAUUUGAAGGCUAAAGAAUAUAUCAAGGGCAAGUUUAAUAAUAUACCUACUCCAAAUAAGAAAAUGCUUGAUUCUGAAACAGAAAAAAUAGACCUUACUGAUUAUGCUAUCGAAGAUCAUUUAAAUACUAACUAUGAACCGAGAGUCAUAGAAAACCAAAGAAACACUUUGCCGGAAAGAGAACAAAACCCAUUAAAUAUUAACGAAGACGACACAAACCACUAUGAUUAUCAGUUAUAUUCUGAGAAUAACCAAGGCGACGAACCACAAUAUGUUGUUGAAGAUUACGCUGGAUUACAAAAUGACGAAAAAUCUUCGUAUGAAUAUGGUCGCGGACAAAACAGACAGCUUGUUUAUGAUGCGAAUGAAGUAACGCGUUAUUACUUAGACAAAUUGAACGAAGAUACCAACGCUGGACAUAGACUGGACACAGGCACUAACACUGGACCACAACUAGACACAGAAACUGUCACUGGGCAUCGACUGAACACAGGCGAUGACACUGGGCAACAACUAGACACUGGCCAUGACACUGGGCAACGACUGGACCCAGAAACUCUCACUGGAUACAGACUGGACACAGGCAUCGACACUAGACACAGACAAGAGCACAGGUGGCCCAUCCACCUUGCAAAAAAACCCAGCAAGUCUCAGCACCACCUCAAAGAUGGGAGGGAGAUGGAGGAUCACAAGCAACGCUACUUCGUUCCUGACCGAGUGAACCUCGAACAUGGAUAACAAUUAACAAUUAUUAGUCCAAUAAAAACGAAAGAGAUAGAAUGAGAAGGGUUACAAUAAAUCGGCCGUCAUUUUGAAAACAUAACCCUGUACAAGAGACUUCCUUAUACCAAUGUCAAUAUUAUUUAUGUAUGUUUAUGUUUCUGUAUUAAUUAUGAUUGUAUUGUGUUAGUACAAGUACCUAUAUCA